AUGUAUAAUUUUGAGUCAAUUCGUAAAAUAAACCUGGGAGAAAAUCCUAACUCGUCCACCAGUAACCAAUUUUAUCGAAGUAUAAUUAGAAAUGUUACACCUCUUUAUGGUUAUAUAGAUAACUUUUCACAUUUUAAUCAUAUGCCCAAUCGUUCUCAGAUUCGUAAUUCAUUCUUUCCAUUUCAUCUUAAUCCUACACCAGCUUGUAGUCGUAUUGAUAAUUCACUCAUUCCAUCGCAUCUUAAUCAAAUCAAUCCUCCUUCAUGGGAAAUAAAAAAGGAAAUUCCUAUGGAUGAUUCAUUAACGCAUAGAAACCUUUUAAAUUCAACUUCUGAAAUUUUAAAGGAUAAUUCUACAGAAAUUAAUCUACAGAGCCCUGCUCUUUUGUAUGCACCAGAAAAUCCUGUGAGUAUCACUUCUAGUAAUUUAUAUAGAUCAACAGAAAAUGAAUCUAUAUCAACAAGUGCUAUGAAACAGGAUUUGCAUAAUUUAGUUGAUAAUCAUUCUACAUCAACAAGUGCUAUGAAGCUGGAUUUGCAUAAAUUAGUUGAGAAUGAUUCUACAUCAACAAGUGUUAUGAAGCUGGAUUUGCAUACAUUAGUUGAGAAUGAUUCUACAUCAACAAGUGCUAUGAAACUGGAUUUGCAUACAUUAGUUGAGAAUGAUUCUACAUCAACAAGUGCUAUGAAACUGGAUUUGCGUAGAUUAGUUGAGAAUGAUUCUACAUCAACAAGUGCUGUAGAACCGAGAUUGUGUGGAUCAGUAGAGAAUGAUUCUACGUUCGCAAGUGCUGUGGAAUUGGGUUUGCAUAGAUCAGUUGAGAAUGAUUCUACAUCAAAAAGUGUUGUAAGUGUAACAAUGCAGGAGAGUAACCAAGAACUGAAUUAUCUGAAUUUUUGUUCUAGUUUAGAAACUAAUGAAGUUAUGCUGCCUGAUUGUGUUAUCAAAAUUGAAAAUGAUACUUUUAGUUGUUCCAAGAGUGAACAUGAUAUCAAUAAUGAAGGAAAUAUCGAUAUGUCUUUAAUUUCUCAAAAAAUAAAAAAGGUAGCAUAUUCUAAGCCCUAUCAAUUUAUUGACCCUCAAUCUUUUGAUACAAUUAACAAUGUUGUUGUAGAAAAUGCUUUUAGCUUAAAAGACAAUGAGAAAAUCAGUAAUGAUUGUCACUUUUACAAAAAAAAUUCGUGUUCUCGCUUUUCUGAAAACACUUACAAAUGCAACUUUUGCUCUAAAUUUUUUAAUCUCAAAGUUAUUUUAAAUGCUCAUAUCAUUAAAGAUCAUAAAACAAAAAGAUUUCAAUGUCAUAAAUGUUUAAGGAAUUUUAAUUCCAAAACUGAAUGUAAGGCCCAUUUUAUAACUACUCACAAAUAUGCCAAUAAAGUGAGAUGUAAUUAUUGCUUUAAAAGUUUUAAGGAAAAGUUUAUUCUUAUUGAACAUUAUGGUACAUUCCAUAAAAUCACUGUUCCAUUUUGGCAUGAAACACAAUUAAGUAAUAAUGAUAAUUUUAAAACUAUUACGAGUAAAAAUGGUUUAAACAAACCAGUUUGCCCACUGUGUCGCUAUGAAUGUCGGUCAAAAAUAAAUUUGAUGCGGCAUUAUAGUAAAGUUCACAGAAUUCACUUUAGAGCUGUUUGCAUUGUAUGCAGUAAAAACUGUUUCUAUUUUGGUGUUCUAAAGAAUCAUUACCAACACCAUUGUCUUCAUCCAUUUUAUUGUUGUGACUGUAAAAAACUUUUCAACACUAUGUCCUCAUUUAAACUUCAUAACUGUAAAACUGAGAUUGAUAGUGGAGCUUAUUCUUGUGCAAACUGUAAUAGAACUUUUAUAGGGAUCUCCCAGCUCAAUAUGCAUGUAUGUGGAAAAACACUUGGAAGUCUACAGUUUAAUGAUCCUUCUAAAGCUGUUGGUCCUCUGGUUGUAAUUGUCAAAGAAGUUAACUUACAGGAUCAAAUCGUUAAAAUGGGUUCCUUUACAACCCAAUCUGUAGCAGGAACAGACAUGUUAAGUGGUGAAUCUAAAAUAUACAAGUGUAGGCUUGUUCAUUAUAGGUGUCACAUUUGUGGGAAAUGUUUUAAACUCAAGCAUAAUCUUGUAGCUCAUAGUUUUUGUCAUGUGGAUAAAUCCUUAUCCUGUCCCAUUUGUGAUCGAGUCUUUCAAGAUUUUAAUCUUUUACAAAAGCAUUAUUUAAGCCAUGUAAUAAAACCUUUCAAAUGCGACUCAUGCGAUCAGGGAUAUAUUUUUGAACACAGUCUCGUCAAACAUACUUUUGGAUUAAAACAGAGUCGCCAACAGUCAUUUUCCUGCAAGGACUGUAAUAAACUUUUUGAUGAUAUGUUACAGUUAGAAACUCAUAAAUGUGAUGACCGGCUUUUUACUUGUGAAAUCUGUAGAAAAUGCUAUGACGAGGAACGGAUGCUUAUACUUCACGGUUUUUUACAUUUGUGUACAAAACCAUAUGUUUGUCCUGUUUGUAACAAAAACUAUACCUGUGUGUACAGCUUAUGUCAUCAUUAUGUUACCCAUAAACCAGAAGAAAAGCGUGAUAGUGAAAUUUGUGACCAACGUUUUGUGGAGGAUCGCAGAAUCCAAACUCGUUUUUCUAGAGUACACAAUGAAAAUUUUCUCAGGCGUUCUACCCGCAAAAAAAGUUUCGGUGAUAUUUUGGACCACAAAACUUUUCAAGAAAAUGAUAUUUUUAAACACCUUGAAGACGAAAAGCAGAUGCAAAUAGAUGUAUCUACAAAGAUCCAAACAGAUAGUAGUUAUGUCUGUGAUGUUUGUGAUAAGGGUUUUAAUGAUUAUGAAGAAUUCCUGUGUCAUAUUUACAGAUCACAUGAAAAAAAGAUUCUUAGUUGUCGUAAAUGCAGAAAAAGUUACAGUACAAUUGUUUCCUUCCAAAUUCAUAAAUGUAGUCAAAGAUAUGAAAUCUUUAAAACCGAGUGUAAAGCGAAUGUGUGUGAUAUUUGUAAUCGUCGUUUUACUUCAGAGAAAUUAAAAAAACAUCUUCAUCAUUUUCACAGCAAAGAUCGCCUGCUUAGUUGUUGGCGUUGUAGAAGGAGUUUUAAAACAAUCUUAGGUUUCAAAAAGCAUAAGUGCUUGGGUUGUUCAAUUUGUAAAAGAGUGAUAACAAGUACAGAGUUAAAAAAACAUGAAUCAACAUGUAAGAGACUCAAAUGUGCCUUUUGUGAUUUGUAUUUGCCCAAUAAAGCAGCUUUUAUUAAACACACAAAGACGCAUGAAAAUAAAAUUGAAAGUAACCAAGUGGAAAUGAAGGAAACAGAUUCAAAAGAAGACCUUGAUUUAAGCAAAUACUACACCGUAGUCACAAAUCCCAGGAGGUAUGUAUGUGGUACGUGUAAAAAGAUCUGGUAUGAUAAAGAAUGUUUUGAAAAGCAUUGCAUUAGGAUCCAUAAAACUGAUGUAAAUGACACCAAAGUUGUUUCAUCUAAGCAGCUACAAUUUUCUGAAGUGAAUGCACCUUAUCCGAAUAGCUCCAGUAGUGAAGUUUUUUCAGUUACUUGUGAAAUUUGUCACAAAAUAUUCAGUUGCCCAGAUGUGUUUUUGAAACAUGCUUGCAUUAAGAAUAAGAAAAAAAUAUUAAAGUGUGAUGUUUGCAAUCUAAUUUUUAAUAGAAUGCAAGGCUACACAAGUCAUAUUCGUAGUCAUUCAAGAUCUGUUUUCAAAUGUGGAAUUUGCUGUAAGCAUAUAACUGCGACAGGAAAAUUGAAAGUACAUAUAUCUGAACAUUUAGAUAUAAGGAAAAAUAAGUGUACAAUUUGUAAUAAAGCUUUUGUAAGAGCAAUUCUUCUUAAAGAGCAUAUGGCUAUACACGGCAACCAGAGACAUUGUGAAUGUAAAUUGUGUGACAAAAAGUAUUUUACAAAUCGCGAACUCCACGGACAUUAUCGUGUUAAACAUCCUGAAAGUUCUUACAAGUCAAAAAAAAUUUAA